UUUAUGAUUCUGUUUCAUCCAAGUGUCUGCAAGAUGUGGCUUGAAAAGGACUCUUUUACAAAGGAACCUGCACUGCAGUUUCUAGGAAGCUCUCUUUUUGUGGCGCUUUCUUUAAAUUAGUUCCAACUGCUCGUACUCCACAAUGUUCUUCUCUUGUUCAGAUAUGUUGGGGGAAGAGGAGUUCAUGGUGGAGCUCUGCAAUGGCUUUCGUCUUUUGGCAGAUGCAGAGAAAGGAGUCAUAACUUUGGAGAGUUUGAAGAGAAAUUCAGGUGUUUUGGGGAUUGAGGCGAUGAAUGAAGAUCAAUUGCAAGCAAUGAUUGCAGCUGCUGAUCUCAAUGGCGAUGGAGUUGUGGACGAAAAUGAGUUCUGUGUUAUGAUGGUCAGACUCAGCCCCUCAUUCAUCACAGAGGCUCAACAAUGGCUGGAAAAAGCCCUUAUCCAUGAACUCCAAAGCUGUGAGCAGUAAUCACAAAACCUUUCUCUUUGUCUGUCUCGUUCUGUUUGUCUGUCUCAUUCUUUUUCUUGUGUCCUGCCCACACAGAGUGACUGAUUCGGGUUUUAUUUUUUAAAAAAUCUCUAUAAUCAGAUCCAAAUCUGCAUUAUAAAAUCUCUGAGUUGUGUUUGUGGCUGUAACUCAUAUUCAAACCCCAAUAUUUUUUCUCUUCAUUUAGGUUUUUCUUGUGUUUUGAGCAUUCUUGUUCAUAGAUCCUUUUUUCAUCGCCAGUUGGAUCAUGUAGUAGGAUUGGAAACAUGAAUGAUAAAUAAAAUACAAGCACUUUAGCUUGUUAAUUUCUAUUA